ACCCCUAGACCUUCGAUUGAAAACGCUGCUCAUGUGGCACAGCUGCCAUCAGCACGCGUUGAUCCUGCGUCUGGUCCUCAGCCCUCACGCCGCAGCGACACGCUAACUUUUAGCCAGCGAGAAGAGCCGCUAGUGGCCCAGAGAGCCGGAGAGCAGAGCUCUACGCACCUUCUUCUGCGCGUAAACCGAAGCUGUCAGAAGCGCAGAGCUGUGCACGUCGCUACUAUGGACUCUCCCCCGCCCCCACCGCCGCCGCCGACGACGCGCCCGCGCUCCAACACCUUCUCCGGCGGCAGCGGCCCGCCACGCGCGGCCCGGCAGCCGCCGACGCCAACGAUCGCGACGAUGCGCCAGCACCUGCGCAGCGUCGGCCACGGCGACCUCAUCGAUCCGCUCGCCGCCGUGCUCCUCCAAUCGCCGCGGGGUCCAAGAAGGUCGUCGUCCGAGGCGAACAUCAGGGCCGGCCCGAGCUACGGCGCGCUGGCCAAGCCCCCGGGCCACAAGCAAGCCCUCUCGGCGUAUCUGAGGCUCGAGUUCCUGCGGAGCGGCAGGGCCGAAGUCUCUCCGCCGCCCAUGCUGGCCCACGACGACGUCGAGGCGCGCAGUCCGCCUCGACGCAGCCGCGCCGCGCCGUCGUUCGACUACCCCCAGUUCAGGACCGACGUCAUGGCUACUUGUGUUGCCUUUGUCGUGACGUGUGUUAUAUAUGCGUCGACGGCGCAAGCCAUUUUUGGGAAGCUCGAUCCGCGGUUGGUUUUCGUCGGCGUCGACGGCGCAUUGCUAGGCACCGCCCUCACCGGCAUCGUCUUCGCUUUACGAAGCCAGGUGCCCUGGUGCAUCGCGUCGACGGACGUCGGUUUCGCGCCCUUGCUCGCGCAGCUCGCGGACCAGUGCUGGAAGAACAUCGCGCCGACGAAAAAACACACAUUUGAGGUGUGGUCCUUUGAAGAAGACGGCGCUCUGUCGUAUGCCGCGGUGCCGGCGGACACGCGGCGCGACUUCGUGGCGACGUGGGUUGCUGCCUCUUCGUUGAUCUUCUUGCUCUGUGGAGGCGUCUUGUGGGCGUUGGGGGCGUUCAAACUUACAAGGGUGGUCAACUUCAUGCCGUAUCCUGUCAUCUCGGGCAUGCUGGCUUCCAUUGGUGUGUCAUUGUGCAAGUCGGGCGCCCGCGUCGCGGCCGCUCCCGGUUUUAGAGUAUCGCAUGAGCUCGGGAUACUGUGGCUCUCCUGCGCUUUGGUGCUGGCCCUGUUCAUGCGGUUAGCAAGGCGGAGCGGCCGCGUGCCGACGUGGCUCCCGCCCGUGGCCGUCGUCCUCGUCUCGUCCGUAGCCAUGUACCUCGGUAUUCUUAUUUAUGAUGUUGACGCAUCCGAGGCGGCCGAGGCCGGCGGUCUGUUCGACUGGGACCCGGCCAUGCUCGCCACGGCGCGCGGCUGGGCGCCUUUGUUGGACAUCGACGCGCUGGGCGGGCCGAUCCAAGUGGAAAAUGUGGAUGAUGAUGCCGAAGUAGGAGCGGCCGUCACUGAGGCGCCCUUCUGCGUGGUGCUCGUGUCUUGCCUGAUUGGAUCCGGUGGCGAGUGCUCGCUCAAGCACCUCUCGCAUCGCGCGGUGGGCGGUGUGGCGACGUUCUUUACCCACGUGCGUUGGGCCGUCGUCUUCCAGUGCCGGGGCGUCAUCCUCGCCGCGGCGACGCUGGGAUCUAUAAAAAUCGGCCUCAAAACGGGAGCCUUCCCGGCCCUCUUCCCGAACGAGGCCAUCUGCGCCGAUCAGGAAGUAGCGAUGGUCGGCUUCAGUAACGUGUGCCUGGGUUUCCUGGGCGUGCAGGGCGUGGCCUACUCUUUUUCUUCCCUCAAACUCGCGGAGCAGGUCGGCGCGUCUAGACGAGGCGUCGGUUUAUGUUUGCCUCUUUUAUGUUUACUGUGCUGGGCCCUGGGAUAUGCGUUCUUGCGGCACGUGCCGCGCUUCGCCUGCGGGGCUCUCCUAUUGGAUUUAGGAUGGGACUACGUCGACACCUACUUGGUGGGACAGAUCAGUCGCGGUGUGGUGUGGACGGAUGUUGACGUCUUGGCGGUCUUCGCCGUCGUGGCCACCGCCAUAGCCGCUUCUCUGUUGGAGGCGGUCGCGGUCGGCGUCGUGCUGUGCCUCGCGGGCACGGCGUCGCGCCUCGCGCGGGAAUCGGUCGUCGCUGCCACUUUGUCUGGCGUCGACGCGCGGUCGGCGGUGGAACGUUCAUCUAGAGCGCAGCGGCGCUUAGAUGCGCUGGGCGACGCGAUCCGAGUGUUGAGAUUGCGCGGUCACGUCUUUUUUGGGUCCGCGCCUGAAGUUUUAUCAGCGGCCACACAACGCCUCGACGACCCCGUCGCUCGACCAUUGGAGCACCUCGUCGUCGACUUGGAGGACUGCCAAACACGAGCGCUCGACCUGACGGCCGUGGAGACGUUCCAGCGACUCGCGUCGCUCGGCGACGCCUUGGGCUUCCGGCUGUGCGUGGCGCCCGCGCUCGAUCUCUUGGUGGCGUCCUUACCGUCGGCCACGUUCUUCGACACGUAUCAGUCCGUGUGAAAAUCAACCAGCGAGUGGCGUGGGCGCCUGAAAUUUGAUAUCCACACAGGGCCGACGACGCGCUGGAGAGCUGCGAAGACGCCGUCCUCGACGCAGACGUCCGGUCGGACCUCUUCCGGGCCGCGUCGGGCGACAGCUCGCAGUCGUCGAUGACGUCCCCGAAGGUCGGGCCGGGCGCGCCUCCUCAUAUUUUGUUGCAGGACUGGCUCCGGGCGAACGACGCCGACGAGGCGCACGGCGACGCGUCGAUACCGGUCGUCGUGGCGGCCCUGGCGCCGAGCGUCGGCUCGCGGCGUUAUCAUGCGGGCGAAAUUGUGUAUAGCAAAGGCGACCCGCGCGACGCCGCGUUCUAUCUCGUAUGUGCCGGGCGCCUGCGGCUCAUGAGCGGCAACCCGCAGCGGUGCGUGAGAAAAUUGGGGAGAGGCAACGCCGUGGGCGUCGGCGAGUUCUAUGGGAAGGGGGAAGACGGGCCGCGGUCCGACACCUUGGUCGCGUCGACGGCGUCGACGAUCCUGCGCCUGCCGCACGACGCCGUCCGGGAGCUUGAUACAGAAUCGCCGCGCGCGGCGCUGUACCUCCACCACCUCCUCGCGCGGACGCUCUCGGGCAAGAACAGCGGCUCGAAGAAGCUGUACCGCCACAACGCGCCCAACCCCUAGUGUCUGUUCGUUGUUUGUUUUAUAGCCUAAAUUUGUUUAAUAUA